AUCGUCGAUGUUGAAAACGGCUCAUCAGUGACUCUACACAUCAGUCAGACACCUUUGCUUCUCGGAGCAUUAACUCUCAAUUUUAAUCAUGCCUGGUUACAAAUGGGUCAGGUACACCGGUGCUCGAUAUUGCACUCCUGGCAUGAUCACCGCCGGCCGAGAUCACGAUGGUUCAAAUUUGGUGGUUGGGCGAGCCCAUCAUCAGGGUGAUUUACUCCCGGCUAAAGCGAAGCCCGAACACGGAGUUGCCUACGUUGCUUACGGAGGCCGAGAGCAUACGAAACACGAUUUUGAGAUUCUCAUGCCGGCUGAGUUCAAGUGGGUCCCAUCGAGACACGGCCAAGUUCAACCCGGAGCCGUAGAAGCUGGACGAACGUCCUCGGGCGAACUUUUGUACGUCGGUCGAUGCUUCCGCAACGGAGUUCCCGCCGUGGGGAAAAUCCAACCGAGUCACGGCUGUUUGUACAUCCCUUACAACGGCGAAGAAAUUUCUUACAGGGAAUACGAAGUGUUGGUGCAACACUGAAGCUUAUUCUUUCGAUCUGCGCGCGGCGGGACAACGAGAAAAAUAUUAUCUGCGAUAAAACCUGGAGAAGCAGCGACGAAUGCAAUCUCGUAGAAACAUCUUCGGAGCUUCGAGCAUGAGAACUGACAUUGGAUGACCAUAAACCGAGCUAUAAAACCAUUUGAGUCAUUUCAAAAUCUUUUUCUCUGCGAAGAAAAACCCACCACUCAACCCACACUCGCGUUCCACAUUCAACAAAAUUCUAUUGCUCAAUGAUAAAUUUAGUUCCGACUAUUUUCGUAUCCAAAGCAGUUCUUUUGACUGAGGAAACAUUUGUAAUGUCAAUCACACAGAAUGUGGGAUCGUUUCCUUCUCUAGGAGCUUCAACUCCGAGUUUUUUCGGCUCCUUUGAAAGAAUCGACAACAAAAAAUGUUUUCACACUCUCCACAUCGAUGUUUCGAAAACAUACGACAAAGUUUUAGUCCCAUAAUUAAAUGAGAAUCGAAAAAAGGCCUCGAAGUAUUAACACGACAAUUGACAAGAUUUCAAAGCCUUCGUACAGAGUUCCAACAAAUUUCCUCAAAAGUACAAUAAACGUGAAUAGCACCAUCUUGGUUCAUUUAACUCCCAAUUUUUGUUUUUUAUUUUCGGCCACGAGACCUUCCAAUAUUCUUUUUUAUCCCUAAAGAGAUUUCGUUCGUUUCUACGUUUUCUCCCCCACGACACCGGAUUCGAUUGCUGCGCUACGGGAAAGUAAUGUAUU